AUGGCCACCGAGAAGACACUCCGCGAGUUCUCUGUGCCCACUGUCACCAACGUGGCCACUGGCCCCGCUGUUGACACGGCCGGCAAGAACUUCGAGCUACGCACCGGCCUGAUCACCAUGGUGCAGGCGAGCCCAUUCUGUGGCUUGCCAAGCGAGGAUGGGAAUGCACACCUUCAACACUUCUUGGAGCUAUGUGACACGAUUGUCAUCAAGGACAUCACUCCUGAUGUCAUUCGGCUCCGCCUCUUUCCUUUGUCCCUCGUGGGGAAGGCGAAGAGCAUAGGAGCGGCUGGAGAGUACAUCCUAAGCUGCCCCCAUCACGGCAUGGAGAACUGGAUGGUGCUCCAGAACUUCUACAAUGGGCUCACGCCCAUGUCGAAGGGACACCUAGACGCCGCCGCUGGAGGCGCGUUCCUAUCACUUAUCUCCGCCGGGGCCAAGGCCCUGAUCGAGAAGAUGCAACUCACCGAGAGGAACCAAGAGAACCCCUCGAACUCGGUGAAGGCCAUAGACUCGCACAUGACGUGUGAGGUCUGUGGAGAAGUUGGCCAUUCAGGGAAUGAUUGCCCCGAAACCCAUGAAGACGCUGCCUACAUCAACAACGAGUUCCGCCAAUAG